CAGGGUACCUUGCGUUCUGAACUGUAAUGGCGAACCCCUUAAGAAAUACGUGAAUGGGGCUUUGACAUGUCGAAUGAAGGGGGUCUAGUUAAUGUAAAACAUGGCGGCCCCCAGUGCGGUACACAUGUGUCGGGCCUGGAUGUAAACAUUGACCUGCCAGAUGCAUUUUCUAUUAAAAGUGAUAUUCUCUCGGAAGACCAACUUGUUGAACAUCAAAAAGGAAUACAAAAUGGCGACAACUUGCAAUUUUUAUCAUCGCCAUCGGACGUAGAUUUAGACAGCUACGAAAGGGCUGUUGUUGAAAACAACACAGAAUGGCUUAAGUCGCGAUGUAGGAAUAUUGAAGCUAUCGAUUUUGAGAUCCCAACGACUGGCAACGAUGGGAUUGAGCUGUUUAGUUCUUCCUUACCGGAUACGACAGAUUUAACACUAUGUGCUGAAGGGUCUGUGCCUUCGUUCGAAACGUCAGGCCUCCUUUUGGGAGGGACGAACGGGUCCCUACUGUCGACUGCCAGCUCUGGGGGAAUAUCUGGGUCAUGUUCCACUAUAUCUUCAAUAUUUUCCCAAUCCCAAACGUCUGAAUGCAGUGCUAACAUUUCUGAAAGAGAUGUCUCUUUAUUUGAAGAUAAAAAUAACAUGUUGAUGACACCCCAGGAACUUGAAAGCAUGCCAGAUAGGGGACUGGAAUUCGAAGCUUCAGUUGGACCAAAAUGUUUAAAUGUGGAUAUCUCUCUUAAGUCCUCAAGUGAUAUUAUUUCAUCUGUUUCAUUAAUAAAAAAUAAGACGGCACAAGUUACUAAACUAGCCCAGAACACCAGUACAUCUAAUGAUACAAUCACAGUGACCAACAGUAAACUUAAUUUGGUGCAAGUCCAUCAGCCUCUGAAUAUUCAGUCUGUUGCACACCCCAAUCACAAGGCCGGUACACUGCAGAUCGUGCAAAAUCAGCUUAUUGCUCUUCAGUCCCCAAAAAUUGAAGGUGGUGCUGAUAAGCAUGGCCCAGAAAUCAAAUUGGUUCCGAUGCGAAAUACCACACCUAUUAUUGUCAACACAGGCCAGGGUCAUCAACUUCUGCAUAUCAACUCCAAUCAGCUGCAUGGGAAUGACACCUUGACAAAAUUACUGCCAGUAAAUCAAGCGUCAAAAUCUGUCGAAAACUCCAAAGCUCAACCCAUUCAAACAGGGUUCUUGAUUCUGCCAGCUAAUCCAGGAGGAAGCACCAUUUUGACAGCCAAUUCUGGUGAAGCAGGGGGUCAGACCAUAAUCAAUGUAGACAACUCUGCCACAAAGCCCCCCAUGUUCUUGAAGAACCCUUCAAUGAGCCCCCAUAAGUGGGUGUACAUGUACCUCUGCACUCAUCCAGGAUGUGACAAGAUCUUUCGAAAACUCUCCAAAAUGAGAAUUCAUCUCAUGAGUCACACUGGGGAAAGGCCAUUUAAGUGUAGUAAACCAGGCUGUGAUUGGGCAUUCACAACUUGUUACAAACUGAAAAGACAUGAAGAAUCUCAUCAAGGAAGGAAAGAUUAUCAGUGUGACUAUCCUGACUGUGGAAAAAGAUUUGCCACUUCAUACAACCUGAAAUCUCACAAAAAAUCUCACGAGAAGCCAUGCGAACCUUGCCUAGAGCCAGGCUGUACCAUGAAAUUCCCUAAUCGCAGACAGCUGAAUCUUCACAUGAAAACACAUAAUGGAUCAGAGAAGAAAUACAAGUGCCCAGUGGAUGGUUGUGACAAAACAUUUUUCUCUCCCCAUUGUAUGGGUUCACACCCACGUACCCAUCAACAGGACCGGGACUUUCGGUGCAAUUACGAGGGCUGUAAUAAGGUGUACUCCACAGCCUGUCGUCUGAAGCAGCAUGUCAGAUCUCACACAGGCGAAAAACCAUUUGUCUGUUACUAUGAAAAUUGUGGAUGGGCAUUUACAACGGCCAGUAAAUUGCGGCGUCAUCAGUUCAAGCACACUGGUUUACGGAAGUGGAAAUGUCCAGUUGAGAACUGUGGGAGAGCUUUCAUGAGGUCAGAGCACUUGAAGGGUCACAUGAUUACUCACAGUGGGAAAAAGCCAUUUGCCUGCCCUGUAGAAGGUUGCUCUGCAAAGUUUGUGGCCAAAACAAGUCUUAAAGUUCACAUGAAUCGACAUGAAAAUCAGAAAGUAGAGAAGAUUGCUUAUCACUGUCCAAUAGAAGGGUGCAUGAAGAAGUACUUCCUGAAGUCCAAGCUUCGAGAACACAUGGUUCAGAAACAUCUGAGCAGUAUCUCUAGUAAUGGUCAGGUCACCCAACUGGAUCUGGAACCCUUACUUGGCGGUGAGCUGCAGGACAUCGGGAUGCUGCCCUCACACACAGAGACCAAGACUGUCGUCCAGGCGGUUCAGAUCAAUAAUCCUUGUGUAACCCAAAGUGAAGAACAUUCAUCUCGAGCAACUGAACCAAAGACAACCACAGCAAUGCUGACUAUUCCAGUCUCAGAACAGAUGACUAUUGACCCCUUGGAAUUUAUAACAAAUCCAGAAGAUUCCUCGGGAGAAAUGCCCCAGAUCAGUCAGGCUGUGUUAAAUCAGCUGAUGUCAGGACUAGACAAGCCAGAGGAGACCUCCAAUCCAUCUACAUCCAACACAACAAGCCUUGCAAGCCCUUUGGUUCUGGAGAACAACAGUGGAUCAGCGCGCACCGAUUACCUUAGUAACCACAACCUGAGUUACCGAGCUCGACAUAGGCGACAGCUGCUAAAGGAGAAAACCUCAAGUGCCUCCACUAGUCCUCAAGUCCCUGACCGGGAAAACUCUGAUGAGGGUUUGCUUAACCAAGCAUCAUCUGCAUUCAUGAUUUCGUCAUCGGAGGCAGCAUCAUUUAGUGGCUCGAUGGAUAGCGAGACUUUUAGUUCUGCUGAUUCACUGUCCUCGCGAGGGAUCACCUUCCGUGACCCAGAAACUGGAGUUAUGUACAUACAAACACAGCUGUUACAGGAUGACCCUCCAAGCACGGUCACUGACCUCUACCAAGAUGAAAAAGUUUUGGGAAGUGAAAUUUCUGAUCUGACAGACAAUUCCUCUAAUAGUCUGGACCAUUCCAUUCAAGAUGCAGAGUUCACAGGAUCCACAAUUAACUUUCAAGACCUGCAGUGAUAUAUGCGAUAGAGACACUGGAUAGAAGAGAUUUAUAUGAUGUUGUUAUGGAUAUAUGUGCUGCUUAGAUCUUAUUGUAAAAUCAUUGUUUUGUUUUUCUUAUAUUUAUUUGCUUCAUGUUGCAAUGUGUAAAAGUAUAGCUGUGAUCUGAGCUUCAUACAAAUUCUUGUGUGCUUAGCUAACACAAAAUGUAAUGCAGUUAUAUGUGAGUAUGAGGCAAAUCGUCUUAAUUCAGUAGCAUUUUCUUUUUUAGCUGAUCAGGGUAAAAUAUGAAUGAAAAUAUUAUCAUUUCAAUUUUUAUUAGGAUUAAAAAUGGAAACAAAAUAAACUUCCCAUAUUUCCUGGCUCCCAUAUAAUAUUCAGUCUUAGGAGAUACUGUUAAUUAUUGCCAUUUUGCCCCUUGAUGUGCAUAAUUCUUGGCAUUUUCCGUCCAUUUAGAAUUCUUGUUCCCUUACAGUAAGUGGAGUUUGGGACCCUGGCUGGUUUAACACAUUUGUAGUCAAUUUUAUAGUGAAGAUGACCGCGAAAUUAAUUCUAAAUUUCUCAAAUGCAGUGCUUGUUGUACUUCAAUAUUUCUAGCAUUAUCAGUUUGUAGGCUACAAAUAUUGUAAGUAUUUGUUGUUUAAAUUAUAGUAAAAUGAAAUGAAAAAACCCAA